GAAAAAGAGACAUUGGUGAGUGGAGAUCAGCAGUCUAUGGAGGAGGACGGUCCCCUCUCGUAUUCCCGGGAUUCCAUACAAGAAUAUCACAGCUAUACACACCAUGAUCAGGGUGAAGAACCGAAAGACAUCAAAGUUGAGAUUAAAGAGGAAGAAGAGGAAAGGUUUGUGAGGGGAGAUCAGCAGUCUAUGGAGGAGGGGGGGAUGAUUAUGGAAAGUAAACAGGAGGAAUCUUCUCUACAUAUGGAAACAAAUGGACGCCAUGUCAGGAAUUCCUCGGAGAGAUAUCCUAUAUCAUCUGCAGAUUGGAACUCAAAAGAUGACGGAAUAAGACCGACUUCACCAGAAGUAAAUCCCAAUGCACAAAAUAUCCCCAGACCUUACCAUUCAUCUACAUCAAUGGAUGUCUCUAAUCCUGAGGGAUCUUCUUAUCAAUCACAAACUAUUCCUUCAGACGUCCAGCUUAGUUCUCACCGUGCAGAAACAUCUACAGAUCCAUCUAAUCCCGGGGAGUCCUCUUUGACCCAGAAAAUGGUUCACGCAAGUGAGAAUCCAGUCUCAUGUUUCGGGUGUGGGGCAUCUUUAAAAACAAGUUCUGAACUUUUUGUACAUCUCAGGUCUCACACCAGCGUGUCCUUUUCAUGUUCAGAGUGCGGGAAAUCUUUCACUGAGAAAAGAGAACUUCUUACACACCAGAAAACUCACAAUAGUUCAUGUUCAGAGUGCGGGAAAUAUUUCUCUGACAAAAGCAAACUUCGAUCACAUCUAAGAACUCACACUGGCGAGCGUCCAUUUUCGUGCACAGAGUGUGGGAAAUGUUUCACUCAGCAAGGGAGCCUUAUUAGACACCAAAGAAGGCACAAAAGCGAUUUGCGUUUCUCUUGUUCAGAGUGCGGGAAAUUUUUCCUUGAGAACUCGCACCUGGUUACACAUCAGAGAAGUCACACGGGCGAGCGUCCAUUUUCGUGCUCAGAAUGUGGGAAAUCUUUCAUUCAGCAAGGGGACCUUAUUAGACACCAAAGAAGGCACAAAAACGAUUUGCGUUUCUCUUGUUCAGAGUGCGGAAAAUUUUUCCUUCAGAAAACACACCUGGUUAGACAUCAGAGAAUUCACAAGGGCGAGCGCCGUUUCUUGUCAAGACUGCAGGAAGGGUUUCACUCAGAAAGCCAACCUUCUUACACACCAGAGAAUUCACACGGGGGAGCGUCCUCUCGGGUGUUCAGAGUGCGGGAAGAGUUUCACUGACAAUAACUGAAAAACUUAUUCCACACCAACGGAGACACACGGGCGAAUAUAUUUUUUCGUGUUCAGAGUGCAGGAAGGGUUUUACACACAAAGAUUAUCUUAUUAUUUUCUAUAUCCCGGUUUUAUAACUGAGCCUUUUACCACUGUGCCUACUUUAUAUUUUGCACUGAUGUCAGUUUAUUUUUCUAUGUUUGAGUGUAUUGCCUAAC